AUGGAAGACGUUCCUGUUCGAUCAUCGGUUCAUCACGGCAGCUCAGAACCAUCGGUGCCAGCCGCAGUGGAUCAGAACAGUUUCACUCCGGCUAAAGAUCUGAAACCGAAACGAGCGAACGGUGAGGAGCCGGUCAUUUCGUCUCGGGUUCGCGAACGUCUGGCGGCCAGUGGCGAAUUGUUGCCCCGAUUGAAACUACGGGAUCGAAACUCACCGUUAAACAGCCUGAAACUAUCCGAAAACGGAUCCGUAUUUAAUCGUUCCACCAGCUCCGGUCCUACACCGACACCAACCACGGCUAGUUUCGGUGCCUCCGCGGACACUUUCGGCUUUUUGAAACAGGACUCGGAAGCACGUCAUCUGCUCGCUCUGGCUUUAAAAUCGGAGAAAAAGCCAAUCUUAACUAGCUGGCAUUAUUUGAUCUCGCAUCGAUCCGGUGUCCAUCUCCCAAUACCACCAUCAUCAACCCCAUCGUCGGCGGGACCGAACUCAGUUGCUGCUAACCGAGUCGCGUUCAAGUCUCCAUCCCCAGUUCCUCCGACCACAGCGAAUGUGAACGGCAAAGGGGACGGAACUGAAGGCUCGGUCGCAUUCCCGAGCAACCGGGAUGCGUUUGAAUUGGAAUUAUUAGAGUAUCAAGGCGGUUUGCCGGGCACCGUGUCCCUUCCCAAUUCACCUCUGUUGUUCGAAUUCAUACGCAUAGCCUGUCUGAUGAUGUGGGCCGCGUUUGAAAAACCAUUGUGCGCACAACUCUCACGUCCCCAUGAGUUGCUCGCCUGGCACAAACUGAUCGGAGACGCGGUCGCCGUGGCUGUGAACAAUUUGACCGCCCUGGACGAAUAUGGAGAUGUACGUCACCCGGGGUUAGAUGGAAUGCUUCCGGAAGGUCGUGUCUUACCGCUUCGUCGACAUCGCACAUUCGCUGUCCGUGGCGGGGGUGGAAGUUCCCAGGUUCGCGAUGAACUGUUGUCUCGAAAAGCACUCACUCAAUCCCAGGAUCAGUUUGAGCCGAACACACCGUUACGUUCCCGUGUUCGACCAAUGAGUAUGGCGUAUCACUCAAACGAUCGACAACGCACGCUCAGUUUUGAUUACCUCCAGCCAAAUGAGACCGCAGUCACUGGGCCUAUUCCGACCGAUGCAGACACAGCCGCACGACGUCGUGCUUCGUUUGCACGGGCUUCAGAACGCAGUUCCCUGUUUCAGCGCUCCACUGGAAAUUUGGGUAACUGUCCAUUGGCGGAGGACUUGAAUGAAGACAGUCCUUCACUGAAAACCGUCGACAUGGAUACGGGACAAUCGUUGUUCGGGACCACAGCACACUUGCGACCUUCUCGUCGGUAUGCGGUUAUGAGCAGUCAAAUCGAGGAGGAGCGGGAAGAAACUGAAAGAUUGAGCGGAGAACUGCUUCGAUUAUCCACGCAACACAACCGGUUGCUCACAGCUAUGAUCCGACAGAGACAGUCAGAAGUUGAUAAUCUCCGCGCUCUGGCUCCCGAAGCUGUCACCUACAACCAGGUGUGUAAAUUGACACUCGAAUUCAGUCUGUUCUCGGCCCGUUCUACACGUCGCAUCAAUGACUUUCUCCCUGUUUUUGCCUACACAUUCUUCAUUCAUCCACAGCUCAAUUCACAAGGCAUCACCAAUGAAGAGGACUUCCUUCGAACCGCUACCAAGGAUGAUCUUUGGCGCCUAAAUUUGAGCGGGGGAGCUAUUCUUCGCAUUUGGAACAAACUGUCUGAGUUGCGCCAGGCUGCCUCAAUCACCGCAGUUUCACAGUUAUGA